AUGCUGGGUUUCAGGACCAUCACUCCCAUUGCUGGGGUCCCAGGCUUUGGACAAGGCUCCUUCACUUCUUUCCUGGGAAGCCCAUUCUCUGUUCAGGGACCGUCUCCCGGACCUGGCAUCACCCCUGUAUGGGGUUUCCUCAAGCUGCUAGGUGACAAUGCGCAGCUUCAGUCCAUGGCCAUCUUGGCUCCAACAUCCUCGAAUUUCUCUUCCUUCUGCCAGCUGAUGGAGGAGCAUUUGAAAAAGAGCACAGAGGGCAGGAGCAUGUGGGCCGGGACUGGAAGCAGAGCUGGGGCAAGGCUUGGGCGGAUAACAGGGGCCAGGGGAGGGGAGAGUCUGAGGCAGUUGGAGUAG